AUGCGUCGACCCGAAGCUUUGAAGAUGUACAAGGGAACCACUGAAGCUUUCCUCUUGAGAUGGUUAGUCGAGUUAGACGAUGCCAUCAGGGCCCGUCACAUCGAGGGUAACGAGAUGCAAGUCACCUUCGCCCUGUCAAAUUUAACAGAACGAGCAAAGUCUUGCUCCUUAGGGCUCAAGCUUCACGAUUUAAACGUGCUUGAGUUGUUGGAGAUCUUGAAGUCUAGGCUUAAAGAGACGUUUGAGUCACCGAGAGCCGAGUUCAGAGAACGCUCUGCACUCUUGAGGCUAGAGCAAGGUAAGCGUGACGUGCACGCUUACGCACAGCACCUGUGCUACCUUGCGAGUAGCGUUACAGAGAACCAUGUUGAUGAGAACACGCUCAUCAACAUGGUUCUCUACGGCCUUGUAGAUGGGUCGGUGAAGACCUACAUGUUCCGAGAGGACUUCCAUACGCUGGAAAAUGCGAUAGCGUAUGCGGAACAAGAAGACUUCAGCCUGAGACAGUCUCAGGCCAACUCGUCAAACUAUCGUUCGACGAGACGACAGGAAACAGGAGUUUCCGACCAGUGGACCUUUGUUACAUCAAGAGUGAGAACUCUCGCUCUCUGA